AUGAAAAGCAGUUGGAAUCAAAAUGUCUCCUCCCGCCACGCAGACCUGAUCUGCAUCCUCCUCUGCUUCAUCACAGGGCUAUGCGACAGCGCAGCCUAUAACGCCUGGUCAUGUUUCUUAGCAAUGCAGACUGGGAAUACGAUUUUCCUCGGCCUCGGCGCCUCAGGCCAACCAACCAGCAAACCAUACGGCUGGCUCAAAUCGCUAAUCUCCAUCUCCUUCUUCUUCGUGGGCUCGUUCAGCUUCGCGCACACCACGAGACGAACAGGAAACACCCGACGAAGCACCCUCUUCAUCUCAUUCCUCCUUCAAGCGCUGUUGGUGUUUGUCGCCGUGGCCUUGAUCGAAGCGAACCUCAUCCCGCACAACGCUACCACCGACGCCUCCCUGCACGGGGGGAAACUAUUUCUGGAAUUGAUUCCCAUCGCGUUACUUGCCUUCCAGUCCGCCGGCUCGAUCACCUCCAGCCGGGCGUUGGGAUUCAACGAAAUCCCCACCGUCGUCCUGACGAGCGUCUAUUUCGAUAUCGCCUCGGAUGCGAACCUCGUCGCACCCCCCGCCGCAAAUGUGAAACGCAAUAGACGGAUCGGCGGCGUCGUCGCCUUGCUUGUCGGCGCGAUUGUCGGCGGCUGGUUGAGUCGUUCCUCGGGCGGCAUGCAGGCUGCCUUGUGGAUGGCGGGGGGAUACAUAGAAUACUACAUAAGAGAAUUACCCCGCUCCACGUGGCGCCUACAGGGAAUAAUGAUUCGUCAUGACAUCAGUGACCUGGAUGUGGUUAUAAGCAAGUAUAAGAGUGUAAUAGUUAAUAAGUAA